GACCAAUCGAGGAGUACUCCUAGUGGCAUCUGUUCCAGUUCCACCAGGGGCCAUGGCUAGCCUAGCUCUUCGGGUGGCGGCGGCCGGCAGCGCGCCGCUUCGAUGGGCGGACCUGGGCUUGGUGGCAGGUGCGCUGGCGGCGCUGGGCGCCUGUGGCGUCGUCUUCCGGAGCUUCCUGGUGCCCUCGCCACCCACAUGCACCGCAAGCACGGGCCUGGCGCUGGCGCUCAGGUGCUUCUUCUUCCCGUGCCUGGCGGAGGAGGUGGUCUUCCGCGCUGUGCUGCUGCCGAAUCUCCGAGUCGGCCGAGUUGCCGCGGGAGGCGCAAAUGCCUGGGGCAUGCUGGGCGAGAUGACGCUGCAGCAGUGGCUCUGGGCCUUGGCUUGCCUGGCGCUCUUUGUGCUCUACCACCUGCCCUCCGGCCAGCUCUUGUCCCGCUGCGGCCUCACCCGCGACGGCGGCAGGACCUUCCAGGAUCCGCGGUUCCUGGCGCUGGCGGCGCUGCUGGGCCUCGCCUGCAGCGGCGUCUACCUCGCCUCAGGUAGCCUUUGGGCAGCCGUGGCGGUACACUGGCUGCCAGUGUGCCUUUGGUUGCUGUUCCUGGGCGGGGAGCAAAGGCUCCGCGGCGAAGGCUACGAGGACGCGCAAAAAAGGCCGCUAGAUGAAGGUCACAGCGACCCGCCUGCAGCUGGAUCUGAUUUCGGGUCGGUGCGGCCCGUGAAGGGCGCGGCCUUCCACGUGGAGAUCCUGGCUGAGGAGACGGUGAGGGCGCUGAAGCGGGCGAUCGCGGAGGCGCGCGCGGACUUCCCCUCGGAGCUGCAGAAGCUGCUGCACGCCGGGAAGGUGUUGGGUGAUGACACCACCGUGAGUGAAGCUGGCAUCAAAGAGUCAGACCCUGUGGUGGUGCUGCUGGGAAAGCCGAAGUCAGAGGAGUCGAGCCGAGAGCCUGCCGCAACCCCCACGCCGGCGCCCGCGCCAACGCCCGCGCCAACGCCCGCGCCAGCGCCAGCGCCGGCGCCGGCGCCAGCGCCGGCGGGGGCAGCGGAGCGCUUGUGCGAGAUGGGCUUUCCGAAGGACAAGGUCCUGGAGUGUCUCCGGGUGGCUGGCAACAACGAGCAGCAGGCAGUGGAGUACCUGCUGGGCGGCUUGCCGCGGGAGAGGUCCCGCUCCCCCCGCAGAAGUUCAGCCGAGGAGGAUGCGGCUGAAGCGCCGGAGGAGGAUGCGGCUGGCGAGGAGCCUAUGGAAGAGGCAGAGGUCUCGGAGUCCGACCAAGCGGCGGUGAGCCGGCUGAUGGCGCUGGGCUUCGGCCAGCAGCAGGCGCUUGAGGCGUACGUCGCCUGCGACCGCCAGGAGGAGCUCGCAGCCAACUUCCUCUUUGAGGAGGGCUGA